AUGAUGCAUUUGGAGAACCACAGAGUCACUGAAUUUAUUCUUUUUGGAUUGCUUCAAUAUACCACAACUCACUUCUGUCUCUUUGAAGUUAUCAGCUUGAUAUUCAUUGUCACUCUAACUUGAAACAGUCUAUUGAUUGUGAUGAUCUUGAUAGACCCUCAGCUUCAUACUCCUAUUUAUUUUCCCCUGUGGCAGCUCUCUUUCAUAGGCAUCCUGUUCAUACUUGUCAUUGUCCCCAAGAUGAUAACUGACUACCUUCUGCAUAGGACAGUCAUCUCUGUUUCUGGAUGUGGGAUCCAGAUAUUCCUGGAGUUAACUUUUGGUGGGUGUGAGUGUAUGCUCUUAGGCCUCAUGUCCUAUGACCAUUAUGUUGCCAUCUGCAAAGCUCUACAUUACCGUCUCCUCAUGAACUAUUCCCUCGGCAGACAGAUGGUGGUUAGCUCAGGGGCAAGUAGUUAUCUCGAUGCCUUGAUAUGUACAGUCUACAUCAUGACAUUUCUCUUUUUCAGACAAAGAGAAAUUCAUUAUUUCUAUUGUGAACUUCCUGAAGUCUUGAGUCUGUCUUGUGAGGACACCAUGUUCUAUGGUAUUGGGGUAUUGAUCAGUACCACAAUUCUGCUUCUUAUUCCCUUCUCAGUUAUCCUUGCCUCCUAUAUAUUUAUCCUGGUCACUAUCCUUCAAAUGGCUUCCACUGAGGGACAGAAAAAAAAAAAAACAUUUUCCAUGUGUUCUUCUCAUUUGACAGUAUUAUUUCUAUAUUAUGGUGCCAUGAUUUUCAUGUACAUGAGACCAAUUUCUUCCCACACUUCAGGACAGGAUAAAAUAAUAUCUGUCUUCUACACCAUUAUCACUCCUAUGUUCAACCCCAUGAUUUAUAGUCUUCAGAAUAUAAAUGUUAUGGAGGCCCUGGGAAAAAUCCUAUGGGGGUAUUCAUUAUAUUGUAAAAUGUGA